AAUGCCGAGGAACGGGACACAGUCAUUCCCACCGAGCGGGGGUGAGCGAAUUGUGCGUGCGUCAGAGGACGUCGUAGGAUAGCUGGAAGCGCAUGUGAGGAGCAAUAACAGCAACCUUCAGUUGGGUGGCAUCCUUCGACUUAUGCCAUGCAGAUUAAAAAGACAAAAUGAGACGGGAUCGGCGUGGCAUAGAAUAUAACAUAUCUGUCGCACAUUUGGUUACCUAUUGCUUCCUAUGAUUUAUAACUAAAAUCUUUGGGACACUGCAGAACGGUCGCCAGAUCUCAGGGUAUCAUUACGUGAGAACACUGACACGCCCUGAGUCAACUGUACCAGCAUGCCAGAGCAGAGUAACGACUACCGUGUGGUGGUGUUCGGGGCCGGGGGAGUGGGCAAGAGCUCCCUGGUCCUGCGCUUCGUGAAGGGCACCUUCAGGGACACCUACAUCCCGACAGUGGAGGACACCUACCGGCAGGUGAUCAGCUGUGACAAGAGCGUCUGCACGCUGGAGAUCACCGACACCACCGGCAGCCACCAGUUCCCCGCCAUGCAGCGGCUAUCCAUCUCCAAGGGCCACGCCUUCAUCUUGGUCUACUCCAUCACUAGCCGCCAGUCCCUGGAAGAGCUAAAGCCCAUCUACCAGCAGGUGCUGGCCAUCAAGGGUAAUGUGGAGGGCAUCCCCAUCAUGCUGGUGGGCAACAAGAGUGAUGAGACACAGCGGGAAGUGGAGACCAGGGAAGGUGAGGCCCAGGCCAACCACUGGAAGUGUGCCUUCAUGGAGACGUCAGCCAAGACCAACCACAACGUCACCGAGCUCUUCCAGGAGCUGCUCAACCUGGACAAGAAGCGUGACAUGAGCCUCAACAUGCGAUCCAGCAAGCAGAGGAGGGCAGACAAGCUGAAGGCAAAGUGCAGCGUGAUGUAGGAGCCGAGAACGCGCGAAGGCGGAAUCACUUCAGCAAUGACGUGACUCAUUGAUAAUGUACAGAAAAGUCUCUCAUCGCAUCUAAUCCCCAUUCCUUUGGAUCUGAAUCAGGUAUUUCUUCGGUGCACAGUCGACCAACCAGACUCAUUUUCUUUAUAUCUCUCCUUUGACUCGUGUAGUGACCGCUGGGAUCUAGAGCGAGUCUUGAGAUUUGACUCCAGGCAUUUAACUGAGUUGUCAUUGACAUCUUGAGUAUUAACCUGCCACUCUUCUCUCUCAUGCUCCUCGCUCAUGCACAGCUUUCAACAAGGUUUGUGUUCAGCCUGCGGAAAAAAAUAUGUUUAAAAAAAAAAAAAAGGGAAAAAAAAAUCGCCAUUGUGGUCACUUAUAGGCCUGUGUCUUGUAAAAGAUUUCAUUCAUAAGCCAGAUAGAAAAACGUCUUGAACUGGUUAUGCACUUUAUUGUAAUCUCAGCGGGCAGACAGGACCAUGAGCACGACACGACAGCAGCAUUAUCCCGCUCUUCCAAACGAGACAUGAAAACAGCACAAUAGCAUGUUAGAGGUCAAAAGAUUUGGGACCACAGACUUUCUUUGCUGGCUUUAUAGUAGUACCAACUGGUUCAGUAAGCAAAAGUGAAUAGUGAAUGAUGCAUAUUUGAUGAUGUAGAACCACCUUCCUCCUCAUUGUGAUAGAGAGUUGUCAUUAAGUACAGAGCUUUACCUAAACAAAGCACAGCAAAGCAGUUUUUAAAUAGCGAUCAGUUCUGAAAGCAUUCUUUUUCCAGUUAUUCGUGCCACCUGAAAACCUGAAAAUAUGCAUUAGUCAUUUAACUGAUAACAUUUAACUUGUGUGUGGAAUUCUAAAUGAAAUCUAAACGUGUAUUACUAUCAUUUGUAUUGAACCCCCUUGUACAGUUCAUGGUUUUCUUUAUUCAGUGUGUAGAUUUACUCUAUUUAACGCCAUUGCUUUAGCAAUACAUUAUAUAAAAGCACUUUUAGAAUCUUGAGCACAUUGAAAACAUUGAAAAUGAACCUUUACGAAAAUGUUUUUGUCAAGCACUCUGCGUUUACAAUUUUAAAGCAGGUACAGUGUUUAUCUAAUAAUAUUGUGUGAAGGACCAGAGAUAAAAAUAAAGAAGCACAAACGUAUGGUGUAUAACAAA